AUAUUUUUCAGGACUGGUGGAACCUGUCCGUCUGCUUCACCGGAGACACAGUGCGACUCAGCCUGAAGUGUAGGACACACAAAGAACAGCAGAGAGAACACAAACACAUUUACCAGCAAGGGAAACCAGACAGAAAGCUGGACUGAGAGACGGUCUGUGCGUAGACCUCAGGAUUGGACAGACAACAUGCGCAUCGGGAACUGCUGUGUUUGUUUAUGUGACAGGUGCGUCAGUGUGUUUGUGUUUGAAUGAGGUGUGUGUGUUUCUGAGGACAUUUAAUGGGUAGAAGCAUCCUGGAUAUGGGGGGAUGUCAGAGUUACAGUAGCUCUGAUGAAGAGGAUGUCAGCGCUCUGAAGGCAAACCACACCAGCAUCAGCCUGUUCAAAGUAAAGAAUAACAGUCUGCAUAUAGUCCCGUCUGCUGAGGUCAAACCUUACCUAAAAGAUCACUUCCUGUCCAGACGCAUCACUGACAUCGACCUUUUAACCCUCUCUGCCCUGCCGCACGGCCUAGACCAGCAGGAGUGGAUAGCAACAAACACUGUGUCGUUUUUCCAGCACACUACACUGUUCUUCAGCGCUCUGUCUGAUUAUUGCUCAACGAUAACGUGUCCAGCAGCCAACAGCCAAGGAAACAUCCUAUAUGAAUGGACAGAUGAACAGGGGAAGAAACUGAAGUGUUCAGCUCCGGUCUACAUCGAUUACGCCAUGUCCUACAUCCAGGAGAUACUCGCUGAUGAACGCGUGUUUCCCACCAAGGCUGGGUCAUCAUUCCCUCCUGGGUUCAUCUUCUUGAUUCAGAAGGUCUUUGUGAUGCUCUUCCGUAUGCUGGCUCACCUGUUCAGCACUCAUUACCAGGAGGCAAUCGCCGUGGAGUUACACCCGCAGCUCAACACGCUCUUCACACACUUCAUCACCUUCAGCCACACGUUCAGACUGCUGGACCCCUCAGAGACAGCUCCAAUCGAUGAGAUCAUCGCCCUGCUCACUCACUGAAACGCAUGGAAAGUAACACAAAAGUACACGUCAUUAGACCUUGAAUCACAAAUGUGAUACUCUGUCGCUUCGUGGACCCAACGGACUGAAAGUCCUCAUCAAAUGCACUAUUUUGGACAGUGAUAGUUACAUGAAGAAUCCCUUCAAUGUUUUGACCCAGUAGAAACAGAAUGUGUAAAUCAACUUCUUCAGCUCAGACUGAGCUCUGAUUGAACAGUGCAGCUGAUCCCGCCUAUGAGGGAUUUUUUUUUAACUGUGAACAUGGGCAAUUUUCUCUUGGCCAGUGGCCACAUGGCCUUUCACCGAGAUGCAAUUUCUGGCAAU